AUUGCUAGUUAACAAUAUUAUGUGAUUUGCCAAGCCGCAAUAAGACUAUAGAGUAUUUGUCAUAGUAUUCUAUGAAUGAGACGCUCGUUUGUAAUCUGUGCAUAGAUAUCUUAAAAAUGUCUUAACUUCGGUUAAGAGAUAUAAUUAUCCAUUAACUGUGACUACACAAUAUAUAUCUUAAAUCGUGGUUGUCUAUGCUUAAAAAUCAACAUGUCAGACAACGAAGACGUAUACAUGUGCGAAGAUGAUGAAGACUAUGGUCUUGUAAGUACAUAAAUCCAUGACUAUAAAAUAGGUAUAUUUUAUUGUUUGAAACAUAUAGUAGUUACAUUUAAAAAUAUGGCUUUAGAAGUUAAAAAGUUUAUAUUUAAUAUUUUAAUUUAAAUUUAUAACUUGUAUUGAAAUCUUAUUUUAAAAAUUUGCUUAGUCUCCUUUUAACAUACAUAUUGUGGUAUUUUAUUCAAAUAUCUUCCUAAAAAUAUUUAAAAGAUCAAACCCACCAAUUGGUAGUAGAUACAAAUCUUAUUGGCUACCACUCGCAUUUCACAAAAUAUUGAAAUUGAAUACUCAAUUCUGAUUAGAUCUUAAUAAUAUAAUUUUUCUGGAAGAGAAAAUUAUAACUUAAAUAAUUAAAAAUAGUUUCUAUUAGAAUCUAUAUUUAAAAAGGGGGAUUCCUAUUAGCAAAUAAAAUAUGUAUACUUAUUUAAGAUACUUAUAAGUAGGGGUAUACAAUUUAAAAUAGGGUUGAUUGAAAUUUAAACAAUUUUAUGAUUAAAAUAAAAAAAAAAAACUAAUCAAAUUCACUUCAAUUCUCUCAGAAAAUUGUUGAUUUAUAAAUGAAUCACUUUGUAUGUAUAAACUUUUGUUCAUAUAAUAAAUUCAAAAUUUAUUUAAAUAGGAAUAUUCAGAAGAUAGUAAUUCUGAACCUGAUGUUGAUUUGGAAAAUCAAUAUUACAAUUCAAAAUCCUUAAAAGAAAAGGAUCCAAAUACUUCCUUGGUGUCUUUUCAGAAAGUGUUAGAUCUUGAAGGCGGAGAAAAAGGAGAAUGGGGUUUCAAAGCUCUAAAACAAAUGAUUAAAAUCAAUUUUCGUCUGGUAAGUAAAAAUUAUUAUUUGUAUUGUAUUUGAUUUUUAAAUAAUAAUAAACAAUACAAUUUACUUGAUAUAAUAUUUUUUUCACCCUUGUUUAUUUCAAAACACGAAAACUGAAAUGUGUUAAAUUUGCAACUAUUAAUGACUAUAUUUAAUUUAAAGUAAUAUUACUUUUUGCCCCUUCAUUUAUGUUACCUAUCAGUUAGCAUGCCUUGAAAAUAAAAUUCUACAUAUUUAAAAAAAAAAGUACAAUAUAUAUUGCAUUCAUCUUAAUAAGUGACAUCUCAAGACAUGCAAUUUUUCAUUACCAUAUUAUUAUUUAUAUUUUAUGGCUGUUAUUAUAUUAAUUAAAAGUAACUUUUGCAUCGUCCUGCAGUUAAAAAUUGAAAUAGACUUGCCACAACUACACAAUAAAACUGUAAUAUCCAUUUAACUUGAUAUUUAUUAAUACUUGUAAAUCAUCAUUUUUGAGAUGCGUCCCUUUUUUAAGAAGAGGUGUGAUAGGUAAUAUUUAAUUUAUUGUAAAUGUUUUUAAUUUGAUUUUUUAUCCUUAGAAUAACUUUGAUGAAAUGAUGAAUCGCUAUAAACAAUUAUUAACAUAUAUAAAAACUGCAGUUACUCGAAACCAUAGUGAAAAAUCUAUAAAUUCUAUUUUGGAUUACAUUUCAACAUCAAAAAAUGUAAGUUUCAAGUGUAAACAUUUAUCACUAAAAUUUUAUAUUAAUUUUAUAUAUGGAUAUAAUAUUUUAAAUGUAUAUUGUAGAUGGAUUUGUUACAAAACUUUUAUGAAACAACAUUGGAUGCAUUGAAAGAUGCUAAAAAUGAUAGACUUUGGUUUAAAACCAAUACAAAAUUGGGAAAAUUGUAUUUCGAUUUGGCCGAUUAUAUUAAACUGACAAAAAUUCUGAAGCAGCUACAUGCUUCCUGUCAAGUAAGAUACAAUUAUUGCAAUUAAUUAAUAAAUAAUAUUAAUAAUAAUGAAAAUUUGCAAUAUAAUAAAUAUGUUGUAUGUUUAACAUGGAUUUUUUUAUUUUUAUAAAUGUUUAUUUCAUUAUUUUAUAGUAAAUAUUCAAAAGUAUGUAUUAAUUAUUUGUACACUUAAUCUGCAGACAGAUAAUGGUGAAGAUGAUCUUAAAAAAGGUACCCAACUCUUAGAAAUCUAUGCUUUAGAAAUACAAAUGUAUACAGCACAAAAAAAUAAUAAAAAAUUAAAAGAACUCUAUGAACAGUCACUUCAUAUAAAAUCUGCUAUCCCACAUCCUUUGAUUAUGGGUGUUAUUCGAGGUAAGUGAAAUAGAAUUAAUUUUAGAUUUUGUCUCUUAUAAUUAAUUUAUAAUUUAUAGAAUGUGGCGGUAAGAUGCAUUUAGAGGAAGGCCAUUUUUCUAAAGCUCAUACUGAUUUUUUUGAAGCUUUUAAAAACUAUGAUGAAUCUGGAAGUCCACGUCGAACAACAUGCUUAAAAUAUUUAGUUUUAGCGAACAUGUAAUUAUUAUUUUAUAAGUAGCAUAUUCAUAUUAAUUAUUAUUAUUUAUUGUAAUGCUAAAGGUUAAUGAAAUCCGGUAUUAAUCCAUUUGAUUCUCAAGAAGCUAAACCUUAUAAAAACGAUCCAGAAAUAUUAGCAAUGACAAACUUAGUCCAAGCUUACCAGAAUGAUGAUAUCAAGGAAUUUGAAACUAUUUUAAAAAAUCAUCGGCAAAAUAUUAUGGAUGAUCCAUUUAUUAGAGAGCACAUUGAAUGUAAUUUGACUUCAUACUUUAUAAUAUUUUCUUCUAAAUUUGUAAAUUUUAAUUUUCAGCCUUGCUAAGUAAUAUUCGUACUCAAGUAUUGAUUAAAUUGAUUAAACCAUAUACGUGCGUUCAUAUUCCAUUUAUUGCAAAAGAACUCAAUAUUGAAGAAAGUGAUGUUGAAAAUCUUUUGGUUACUUGUAUUUUAGAUAAGUUAGUAUUAUUAAUUAAAGUUAAAUUCAUGUAUUUAUUUGUAUAUAAUGUUAUAUGUCUAUACUAUUUCUUUUAUGUUAUAUACAGACUGUCUCACAAAGAUAUACCACUUGAAUAUCCCUAGAGAUAAUAAAGAUAAUCAAAUUCUAAAUUUUUUAUAUUACUAACAGAGAUAAAACUACAAAUUUAGAUUUUUGAAUUAAAUUUUUAAAAUGGCUGUUACCUAGAAACUGUUCAUUGUAUAUAAAUGUAUAAUACAUUCAAAUUUUUUGAAAAUAAUAAAGAUUCAAUUCAAAUAUAAAUAUUUGUAGCCUCAUCCUAGUGAGUAAAAUAUAUAUAAAAAAAAACAAUUUGAUUAUCUUUAUUAUUUUUGAAAAUAUUUAAAGGGUAUAUCUUAGUGGGAUAGCAGGUAUGUAAUUAUAAAAUAAUGUAUAAAAUCUAUUUAUCUUUAUAUUAUUAUAGCACUAUAAAAGGCCGUAUUGAUCAGACAAAUCAAGUGUUAACUUUAACUUUGAUCGAUUCUUCAACCAAUCGGUAUGCAGCUAUUGAUAAAUGGACCAACCAACUUGCUGUUCUCAAUUUAUCAAUUUCACAAAAAAUAUUUUAAACAUAUUUUUAGUAUAUUUUCUUCUUUUUUUAAUUAUUAAAAUAAACAUAUUUUUCAUUAUAUAUUGUCAGAUUUGUCUAUUUGUAAAAAUGAAUAAUGUUUAAAUAUAUGUUCAAAACUUUUUUUAUUGUUUAAACUCCCAAUUAAAUAGAUAUAGGUAUUGUAUGUUUUUUUCAUCUCUUUUUCUUAGAUAUUCUAGUAGUGUUAAAAAUACUUAGUUUUUACAAUAACACUUUUGAUUGAUCAAAAUCGUUUUUAUUAAAAGCUUUUGAUAAUUCUCCAAAUAACUUACAAAUAUUAAUUAUUCUAUAGUAUAAUAAAAUAUUGUUAUAAAUGAUCAACUAAUUUAUAUAAUUCACUAAAAUAAUGCCUACGUCCUUGUUAAGAAUUCUAAGCGAUUUUGAUGAAUUCACCUUGUCCACUUUAUUAUUUUAUCUAAAACCUGGUUAUGGAACCUUAUACAAUGCUCAUAAAGUGGACAUUUAAAUAAUUAUUAUAAAAAGACCGAUCAGAAGUGGAUUCAAUAAUGUAGUAUAAGUUUUGUUUAAUAAUUAAAAAAUUAUUUGGAAUGUACUUUUUCUCUCUGAAACAUAUAUAUUUGUUUUAAAACAUACUUCAAUGUAAUGGUAAAAUAAAAUUUACUUUAGUUUAACUAGAAAAUUGGUUUGAUUGAUUUGCUUUUUGUAGCUUUCUAAAGCUGAAUGUCAACUGCAUAGUAUAAAUUUUGUACUGUUCCUUAAUGUUGAAAAACUUAAAUUAAUUGAAGUUUUUGCUGAUCAAGUAACUGUAAUAUUUAUGCUAAACAGACUGUGUCUUGUGUCCACCAUUUAAAAUUCUGAGAGUAACGAUGAAGGAUUUAUUGGUUUUACUAUAAAGGAUUUUUUUUUAGUGUAAACAACAAUUUUCCUACCAGAAUAUAAUCAGAGACAACAAAUCAUCAACAAGACUUCUAGUAUUUUAGACCAAGUUGGAAUAUUGGAGAGGUC